AGCCACCUAUGCUUAUUAUAAUCAAAUUUUAGCUAAAGGGAUUUUCUCACAGAGGUUCAUCCUCUUCAAUUAUUAUUAUGUGUUCUUUAUUUGGAUUUUAAUGCCUCUUUCAGCAAUCUUCAUGCAAUGUCUGCCAACCCCAUUUCAGUGUUUGCUCAAUGUCUCCUCCUUGUUGGAGUUGUGGUGUUCAAGCUGCCAAGUAGCAGCAAGUGAAAAUGAAAGGCUGCACAAAAUGGCAGCAAAUGAAGAAGGGAGAGCUGCACCAAAGCACGGUAGCAGCAAAGUAAAGCAAGCUAUGCUGCAAAUGUUGAUGAAAUGAGGCUGAAAUGAAAUGGAAAUUCAAAUGCCGCUGAAAUGAAAGGCUGCAAAGUGGCUGCAGAGCUGCCAAAGUACGCAAGGCUGCAGCAAAAUUAGCUGUUACUCAUUUCAAAUUUUAAAUGUAUUUUUAUUGUUUUUUAAUGUAGAAAGUUGUUUGAAUUUUGAAUUGUUUAAAGAUUAUAUUCUCCUAUAAAUAAGAGAGAUUGUU